AUGUCUGAUCUUAUCCUUGAGAUGCCCAGGAAAUGGAAGCUUUACAACAGAGUGAGGGGAGUAGCUCUGUCUAAGGAAAGAUUCCAGUUUAUUUUCAAGUUCGAGCAUGACCUCCUCGAUGUUCUGAGCAGAGUUCACACCUUCGAUAACUGGUCGAUUGUGUUGGAUAGAUGGACUGAGAAGCCACCAGAUGAUUUCUUACAACACCUGCUGGUGUGGGUUCAGAUGAGAAACAUUCCAGUAAACCACUAUACUCCUGGAACAAUAUCGGCGCUGGGAGAAUUCGCUGGUGAGGUAGUUGACGUACCGUAUGAUCCUGAGAAGGCGCAGCGACUGACUCAUGAGCAAGCUUUGUGCCCUUGGUCUGCAAAAGGAAUAGGAUCGGCUUUGUUGGAGUCUGCUUCGUCAGCAGAAAGGUUGGAUCCAGUCUCAGGUAAGCCUAAGAUUGCAAAGGAGGUCUUGAAAGGAAUGAGACAAUAUCUGUUAGCGGCUGAGGGUCAGGAGAAACUUGCUCGAGAAGACAGAGUGAGGAAAUCUUUGGAAGACUUAGUUAAUGACCCUUUGGGCCAGAAAGUCUAUUUGAGACUGGAGCAACCCCCAGUGGUGUCGUCUAAUCUCGAUAAAGGAAAGGGCACAGUGUUUGAUUUCAGUGCUCAGACACAACGACCUUCGGAGCAAGAGAAACUUAUGGCGAAUGCUAUUUCGGCUGGCUCUAAAACCUUGCAAUCAGGGAAGGUCAUCUCUCUGCCCCAAACUUUAAAGAAGCCGGCGGGUUCGACUCAAUCAGAGUAUCUUUUGGAAAGUUCAACGAGUUAUAGUGUGGGUAUCUAUGAUACUAGCACUUUCGGGACUAUUCCUAAGAAACCCAGACAGAGAAGAAGGCCUGGAACAUAUACAAGAAAGGCAUCUGGAAAGAAGAUUGUUCAAGCGUUAACUGAAGGGACUAAGGUAGUGGGGGAAGGAGUAAUUUCUGAAGGAAAGAGGAAGACACAUGAUGAUGUCGAGCCAUCUCAAAGCUCUGCAAGGUUUAAGAAACCAUUGGUGGUCCCGGAUGAGGGACCGUCUAGUAUCUAA